AUGUUAUGGUUGACUUUAAGACAUUAUUUAACUCAAACAGCAAUAGUCGACUUAAAUGUCAUGGGAAUUCAAGAUCGUAUAAUGAUUGUUGAAAUAGAAUACGAGAGAAUGUUAAACGGAUUAUCUCCAUUGGUAAAUCAGACGAAUUUAGAAUUCCCCAAUGUAAUUAACAUCACUGCAGUGACUGAUCUUAAUAGUACUGAAGAAACUACAAGAAAAUUUAUUUAG